AUGGGCGUGCACUUGCCGCCGAUCGACCUGGGGCUUGGCCGUUGGGCACGGAAGCUGGUUGCUGGGAACUACCACGUCUGUGCUCUGCUGGACGAAGGCUCCGUAAAGUGUUGGGGCCGAGGAAGCUCGGGUCAGCUUGGCCAGGGCGGCAGCGCCAGCAUCGGGACCCAGCCAAACCAGAUGGGUGAGAACUUGCCGCCGAUCAACCUGGGAACUGGCCGGAGAGCCGUGGACAUCGCGGCCGGCGGCAUCCAGUCCUGCGCAGUGUUGGACGAUGGAUCUGCCAAAUGUUGGGGGGACGGCGUUGGAGACACUGCCGGGGAGAUGGGAGACAGCUUGCAGGCGAUUGACAUGGGCGACCGCACUGUGAAGCAGAUCGCCACGAGCAAGACGUAUUACAGCAGCGGAGACCGCCACACCUGUGCCGUUCUGGAUGACAGCUCCCUAAAAUGCUGGGGUGACAACUCCCAUGGGCAGCUUGGACAGGGGACCACAUCUUCCAUCGCAUCCGGCGCGGUUGCCACCACCCCUGCCAUCGACGUCGGCGGCCGCAGAGUGACGAAGGUGGCGCUGGGCGGCGGGCACACCUGCGUGCUCUUCGACACCGGAAACAUGGCCUGUUGGGGCGAUGGAUCUCGUGGUCAGGUCGGCCAUGGCUCGACCUCGGACAUCGGCACGAUGCCCGGCCAAAUGGGCACGAACUUGCCCCUGGUCGACGUGGGCAACCACACCGUCUUGGACAUUGAUGCCCACCUCUACUACACGUGCGCACUUCUGGAUGACUCCUCCAUGAAGUGCUGGGGAAACACUCUGAAUGGGCGCACGUUCCAUCAAGGCGACGAGCCAAACGAGAUGGGGGCGAACUUGCCCAAGGUGGACCUGGGCAGCCGGGCGAAGCCACAGCAGAUUUCCUCGGGGCUUUGGCAUCGCUGCGCUCUGCUGGACGACUGCUCCUUGAAAUGCUGGGGAAUGAAUGCUUGGGGUCGUCUCGGGUAUGGCGACCAAGUCAACCGGGUUGACGACGACCCCAGCCGCAUGGGUGACAGCUUGCCGUCCGUGGAGCUCGUGAUCAACACAUCGCCUCACACAGACUGCUCCUCCGUGACCACAUCCGGGUCCACCACGACAACGGCCACAAUUACGACGACGACGACGAGCGCCCCAGACCUGGCGCGGGUGCCCCUUCCAGUGCCUGUGGGGCUGCAAGAUGCUCUUGAGGGGGUCUUGGAGGGCUUUGACCACUCCUGCGCAGUGGACGACCUGGGUGAUGCCCGGUGCUGGGGCAGAGGCUGGGAGGGGCAGCUCGGUCAAGGUGGCACCAGCAACAUCGGUGAUUCAGCCAACGAGAUGGGCGUGCACUUGCCGCCGAUCGACCUGGGGCUUGGCCGUUGGGCACGGAAGCUGGUUGCUGGGAACUACCACGUCUGUGCUCUGCUGGACGAAGGCUCCGUAAAGUGUUGGGGCCGAGGAAGCUCGGGUCAGCUUGGCCAGGGCGGCAGCGCCAGCAUCGGGACCCAGCCAAACCAGAUGGGUGAGAACUUGCCGCCGAUCAACCUGGGAACUGGCCGGAGAGCCGUGGACAUCGCGGCCGGCGGCAUCCAGUCCUGCGCAGUGUUGGACGAUGGAUCUGCCAAAUGUUGGGGGGACGGCGUUGGAGACACUGCCGGGGAGAUGGGAGACAGCUUGCAGGCGAUUGACAUGGGCGACCGCACUGUGAAGCAGAUCGCCACGAGCAAGACGUAUUACAGCAGCGGAGACCGCCACACCUGUGCCGUUCUGGAUGACAGCUCCCUAAAAUGCUGGGGUGACAACUCCCAUGGGCAGCUUGGACAGGGGACCACAUCUUCCAUCGCAUCCGGCGCGGUUGCCACCACCCCUGCCAUCGACGUCGGCGGCCGCAGAGUGACGAAGGUGGCGCUGGGCGGCGGGCACACCUGCGUGCUCUUCGACACCGGAAACAUGGCCUGUUGGGGCGAUGGAUCUCGUGGUCAGGUCGGCCAUGGCUCGACCUCGGACAUCGGCACGAUGCCCGGCCAAAUGGGCACGAACUUGCCCCUGGUCGACGUGGGCAACCACACCGUCUUGGACAUUGAUGCCCACCUCUACUACACGUGCGCACUUCUGGAUGACUCCUCCAUGAAGUGCUGGGGAAACACUCUGAAUGGGCGCACGUUCCAUCAAGGCGACGAGCCAAACGAGAUGGGGGCGAACUUGCCCAAGGUGGACCUGGGCAGCCGGGCGAAGCCACAGCAGAUUUCCUCGGGGCUUUGGCAUCGCUGCGCUCUGCUGGACGACUGCUCCUUGAAAUGCUGGGGAAUGAAUGCUUGGGGUCGUCUCGGGUAUGGCGACCAAGUCAACCGGGUUGACGACGACCCCAGCCGCAUGGGUGACAGCUUGCCGUCCGUGGAGCUCGUGAUCAACACAUCGCCUCACACAGACUGCUCCUCCGUGACCACAUCCGGGUACAGCCUUCCGUUCUCGCAGGCCUGUGGGGCUGCAAGCUUUGACCACUCCUGCGCAGUGGACGACCUGGGUGAUGCCCGGUGCUGGGGCAGAGGCUGGGAGGGGCAGCUCGGUCAAGGUGGCACCAGCAACAUCGGUGAUUCAGCCAACGAGAUGGGCGUGCACUUGCCGCCGAUCGACCUGGGGCUUGGCCGUUGGGCACGGAAGCUGGUUGCUGGGAACUACCACGUCUGUGCUCUGCUGGACGAAGGCUCCGUAAAGUGUUGGGGCCGAGGAAGCUCGGGUCAGCUUGGCCAGGGCGGCAGCGCCAGCAUCGGGACCCAGCCAAACCAGAUGGGUGAGAACUUGCCGCCGAUCAACCUGGGAACUGGCCGGAGAGCCGUGGACAUCGCGGCCGGCGGCAUCCAGUCCUGCGCAGUGUUGGACGAUGGAUCUGCCAAAUGUUGGGGGGACGGCGUUGGAGACACUGCCGGGGAGAUGGGAGACAGCUUGCAGGCGAUUGACAUGGGCGACCGCACUGUGAAGCAGAUCGCCACGAGCAAGACGUAUUACAGCAGCGGAGACCGCCACACCUGUGCCGUUCUGGAUGACAGCUCCCUAAAAUGCUGGGGUGACAACUCCCAUGGGCAGCUUGGACAGGGGACCACAUCUUCCAUCGCAUCCGGCGCGGUUGCCACCACCCCUGCCAUCGACGUCGGCGGCCGCAGAGUGACGAAGGUGGCGCUGGGCGGCGGGCACACCUGCGUGCUCUUCGACACCGGAAACAUGGCCUGUUGGGGCGAUGGAUCUCGUGGUCAGGUCGGCCAUGGCUCGACCUCGGACAUCGGCACGAUGCCCGGCCAAAUGGGCACGAACUUGCCCCUGGUCGACGUGGGCAACCACACCGUCUUGGACAUUGAUGCCCACCUCUACUACACGUGCGCACUUCUGGAUGACUCCUCCAUGAAGUGCUGGGGAAACACUCUGAAUGGGCGCACGUUCCAUCAAGGCGACGAGCCAAACGAGAUGGGGGCGAACUUGCCCAAGGUGGACCUGGGCAGCCGGGCGAAGCCACAGCAGAUUUCCUCGGGGCUUUGGCAUCGCUGCGCUCUGCUGGACGACUGCUCCUUGAAAUGCUGGGGAAUGAAUGCUUGGGGUCGUCUCGGGUAUGGCGACCAAGUCAACCGGGUUGACGACGACCCCAGCCGCAUGGGUGACAGCUUGCCGUCCGUGGAGCUCGUGAUCAACACAUCGCCUCACACAGACUGCUCCUCCGUGACCACAUCCGGGUACAGCCUUCCGUUCUCGCAGGCCUGUGGGGCUGCAAGCUUUGACCACUCCUGCGCAGUGGACGACCUGGGUGAUGCCCGGUGCUGGGGCAGAGGCUGGGAGGGGCAGCUCGGUCAAGGUGGCACCAGCAACAUCGGUGAUUCAGCCAACGAGAUGGGCGUGCACUUGCCGCCGAUCGACCUGGGGCUUGGCCGUUGGGCACGGAAGCUGGUUGCUGGGAACUACCACGUCUGUGCUCUGCUGGACGAAGGCUCCGUAAAGUGUUGGGGCCGAGGAAGCUCGGGUCAGCUUGGCCAGGGCGGCAGCGCCAGCAUCGGGACCCAGCCAAACCAGAUGGGUGAGAACUUGCCGCCGAUCAACCUGGGAACUGGCCGGAGAGCCGUGGACAUCGCGGCCGGCGGCAUCCAGUCCUGCGCAGUGUUGGACGAUGGAUCUGCCAAAUGUUGGGGGGACGGCGUUGGAGACACUGCCGGGGAGAUGGGAGACAGCUUGCAGGCGAUUGACAUGGGCGACCGCACUGUGAAGCAGAUCGCCACGAGCAAGACGUAUUACAGCAGCGGAGACCGCCACACCUGUGCCGUUCUGGAUGACAGCUCCCUAAAAUGCUGGGGUGACAACUCCCAUGGGCAGCUUGGACAGGGGACCACAUCUUCCAUCGCAUCCGGCGCGGUUGCCACCACCCCUGCCAUCGACGUCGGCGGCCGCAGAGUGACGAAGGUGGCGCUGGGCGGCGGGCACACCUGCGUGCUCUUCGACACCGGAAACAUGGCCUGUUGGGGCGAUGGAUCUCGUGGUCAGGUCGGCCAUGGCUCGACCUCGGACAUCGGCACGAUGCCCGGCCAAAUGGGCACGAACUUGCCCCUGGUCGACGUGGGCAACCACACCGUCUUGGACAUUGAUGCCCACCUCUACUACACGUGCGCACUUCUGGAUGACUCCUCCAUGAAGUGCUGGGGAAACACUCUGAAUGGGCGCACGUUCCAUCAAGGCGACGAGCCAAACGAGAUGGGGGCGAACUUGCCCAAGGUGGACCUGGGCAGCCGGGCGAAGCCACAGCAGAUUUCCUCGGGGCUUUGGCAUCGCUGCGCUCUGCUGGACGACUGCUCCUUGAAAUGCUGGGGAAUGAAUGCUUGGGGUCGUCUCGGGUAUGGCGACCAAGUCAACCGGGUUGACGACGACCCCAGCCGCAUGGGUGACAGCUUGCCGUCCGUGGAGCUCGUGAUCAACACAUCGCCUCACACAGACUGCUCCUCCGUGACCACAUCCGGGUACAGCCUUCCGUUCUCGCAGGCCUGUGGGGCUGCAAGCUUUGACCACUCCUGCGCAGUGGACGACCUGGGUGAUGCCCGGUGCUGGGGCAGAGGCUGGGAGGGGCAGCUCGGUCAAGGUGGCACCAGCAACAUCGGUGAUUCAGCCAACGAGAUGGGCGUGCACUUGCCGCCGAUCGACCUGGGGCUUGGCCGUUGGGCACGGAAGCUGGUUGCUGGGAACUACCACGUCUGUGCUCUGCUGGACGAAGGCUCCGUAAAGUGUUGGGGCCGAGGAAGCUCGGGUCAGCUUGGCCAGGGCGGCAGCGCCAGCAUCGGGACCCAGCCAAACCAGAUGGGUGAGAACUUGCCGCCGAUCAACCUGGGAACUGGCCGGAGAGCCGUGGACAUCGCGGCCGGCGGCAUCCAGUCCUGCGCAGUGUUGGACGAUGGAUCUGCCAAAUGUUGGGGGGACGGCAUUGGAGACACUGCCGGGGAGAUGGGAGACAGCUUGCAGGCGAUUGACAUGGGCGACCGCACUGUGAAGCAGAUCGCCACGAGCAAGACGUAUUACAGCAGCGGAGACCGCCACACCUGUGCCGUUCUGGAUGACAGCUCCCUAAAAUGCUGGGGUGACAACUCCCAUGGGCAGCUUGGACAGGGGACCACAUCUUCCAUCGCAUCCGGCGCGGUUGCCACCACCCCUGCCAUCGACGUCGGCGGCCGCAGAGUGACGAAGGUGGCGCUGGGCGGCGGGCACACCUGCGUGCUCUUCGACACCGGAAACAUGGCCUGUUGGGGCGAUGGAUCUCGUGGUCAGGUCGGCCAUGGCUCGACCUCGGACAUCGGCACGAUGCCCGGCCAAAUGGGCACGAACUUGCCCCUGGUCGACGUGGGCAACCACACCGUCUUGGACAUUGAUGCCCACCUCUACUACACGUGCGCACUUCUGGAUGACUCCUCCAUGAAGUGCUGGGGAAACACUCUGAAUGGGCGCACGUUCCAUCAAGGCGACGAGCCAAACGAGAUGGGGGCGAACUUGCCCAAGGUGGACCUGGGCAGCCGGGCGAAGCCACAGCAGAUUUCCUCGGGGCUUUGGCAUCGCUGCGCUCUGCUGGACGACUGCUCCUUGAAAUGCUGGGGAAUGAAUGCUUGGGGUCGUCUCGGGUAUGGCGACCAAGUCAACCGGGUUGACGACGACCCCAGCCGCAUGGGUGACAGCUUGCCGUCCGUGGAGCUCGUGAUCAACACAUCGCCUCACACAGACUGCUCCUCCGUGACCACAUCCGGGUCCACCACGACAUCAAUGACGAGAACGAGUGCCCCAGACCUGUGCGCCGCCCCAGGGCAGUGCGUGGUAUACAACGGCUACGAGUACCGGACCUUGGACGGCACCUUCCCAGACAGCACUUCUGCAGGAUACCAGGAUUACUGGCUGCCUCUGCCGGAUGGCUGGGAGAUCGCUCCGUGGGAGGAGGAUGUGCGGGCUGUGGCGGAGGGACACCCGUGGGGCGCGCACCGCAUCGUGCACAGCAGCACCACCCGCGAGCACUGCAGCUGCACUCCCCUUUACACCUCCUGUGAGUGCUCUUGGGGCAGCGGCCGGGUCUACGCCACUCGGACGAUCGACAACGUCACGGAAUACAAGACCUCCCACAACGACCGCAUCCUCAUCCGGCGGCCUUCCGGAACCACGACCACAGCGAGCGCCACGGUCACCAGCACGUCCGGGACGUCGACGAGCCGCCUCCUGGAGAGCGGUGUGAACGUCACGGAGCCCGCGUUCUUGGAGGCGGAUGUCAACUGGACGGCAGGGCUCCACACCCUGGGCAGCACCGUCGCGGUGAUGCCCGGGGCCACCCUCACCAUUCAGGGCGACCCCGACUUCCCUGUCUUGUCCUUCGUGCACGGCGACGCCGGCAUCCUGCUCUACGGCGGUGCGAAGCUGGUGGUGCGGCAUGCAGCCUUCUACACGCCCUUCCGGGGCUGGCAGAAUCUGGAUGGCGUGCCCACCUCGGAGAGGCCACCUUCCAUCACGGGGAUCAGGUUUGAAAGUGGAGGUGCGACUGUGGUGAUGGACAAUGUCAUCUGUGAGGGCCUGACAUACUGCCUGCGAGUGGACAGCAAUGCGGCCGUAACCAUCACGAACAGCUUGUUCAUGGACAACUACCAAGCCAUCCGGGCAGUUCGGCACACGGUGACGGUGCAGAAUUCCGUGUUCUUCCGGAACCACGAGGGGGCCUUCAUGGAUUACGGCAAGAUCGAAGACUCUUUGUUCCUGUUGAACAGCAUCGGCGGCUACAGUCAACGCGUGCAGUUCAGAAACUGCAUGUUCGCCCAGAACAGCAAGGGCAUGCGAGGUCGCUGGCCUGACUUCGAAAACGUGCUCUUCUUCGAGAAUGACAUCGGAUACAUGAGCAACGAUGAUGGGCAAUCUGUCUACUCCAAUGUCACCUUUCUGGACAAUCGUAUCAGCAUGCAGCUCCUGGACGUGGCCGACAUCCGUUGGACGAACUUCCUCGGGACGGUGGAGUAUCACCUCCACUACACGGCAAGUGCCCUCUACAACCUGGAUGCAGGGUCCAUCUUCUGGAAUACAACCUCCACUGAUGUGGUGUCAUCCAAGAUCUACGACGCCCUGGAUGGGAGCGGCAAGGGCCUUGUUCGCCUGCUUGCGGCCGAGUCCCUUCCCAUGAGACCUUUCCUACAUGGCAUGUACUCGGACGGCGUAUGCGCAGGCCAAUGUGGGCAGAAGUGGUUCAACGCCAACUGGUCCAGCUUGAUAGGUGCGGGCGCAGGCACUUUCGGCUACUUCGACACAGCUCGCGACCUGCGAAACGGCCAGGCUCUGCAAGAGGCACUGCUGAACGGCUACCGCCCUGACAGCAACAUGGAUUUGAGCAUGUACGUGCUUGACAUCGCAGACAUGCUGGGUGCCGUCUGGGCCUACCAGACCGUGGGCACGACGACAAGUCCCCUGCCCAGCACGAGCUCCGCUGCCAGGACGACCACCACCACCACCACUACGACGGUGGCUGCGCACUUGCUGGUGGGCGCCAACACUAUCAUGACGGAGCCAGUCUGGCUGUUCCACGACACCGUCUGGGCUGCUUCUGACGGUAUCCGGGCCCUUGCCAAGCAGGUCACGAUCCUACCGGAUGUGACGCUUAGCAUCGAGGGAGAUGAAAAUUCUACAGCAGUCGUCUUGUCCUUCGUGCACGGCGACGCUGGCAUCCUGCUCUACGGCGGUGCGAAGCUGGUGGUGCGGCAUGCAGCCUUCUACACGCCCUUCCGGGGCUGGCAGAAUCUGGAUGGCGUGCCCACCUCGGAGAGGCCACCUUCCAUCACGGGGAUCAGGUUUGAAAGUGGAGGUGCGACUGUGGUGAUGGACAAUGUCAUCUGUGAGGGCCUGACAUACUGCCUGCGAGUGGAGAGCAAUGCGGCCGUAACCAUCACGAACAGCUUGUUCAUGGACAACUACCAAGCCAUCCGGGCAGUUCGGCACACGGUGACGGUGCAGAAUUCCGUGUUCUUCCGGAACCACGAGGGGGCCUUCAUGGAUUACGGCAAGAUCGAAGACUCUUUGUUCCUGUUGAACAGCAUUGGCGGCUACAGUCAACGCGUGCAGUUCAGAAACUGCAUGUUCGCCCAGAACAGCAAGGGCAUGCGAGGUCGCUGGCCUGACUUCGAAAACGUGCUCUUCUUCGAGAAUGACAUCGGAUACAUGAGCAACGAUGAUGGGCAAUCUGUCUACUCCAAUGUCACCUUUCUGGACAAUCGUAUCAGCAUGCAGCUCCUGGACGUGGCCGACAUCCGUUGGACGAACUUCCUCGGGACGGUGGAGUAUCACCUCCACUACACGGCAAGUGCCCUCUACAACCUGGAUGAAGGGUCCAUCUUCUGGAAUACAACCUCCACUGAUGUCGUGUCAUCCAAGAUCUACGACGCCCUGGAUGGGAGCGGCAAGGGCCUUGUUCGCCUGCUUACGGCCGAGUCCCUUCCCAUGAGACCUUUCCUGCAUGGCAUGUACUCGGACGGCGUAUGCGCAGGCCAAUGUGGGCAGAAGUGGUUCAACGCCAACUGGUCCAGCUUGAUAGGUGCGGGCGCAGGCACUUUCGGCUACUUCGACACAGCUCGCGACCUGCGAAACGGCCAGGCUCUGCAAGAGGCACUGCUGAACGGCUACCGCCCUGACAGCAACAUGGAUUUGAGCAUGUACGUGCUUGACAUCGCAGACAUGCUGGGUGCCGUCUGGGCCUACCAGACCGUGGGCACGACGACAAGUCCCCUGCCCAGCACGAGCUCCGCUGCCAGGACGACCACCACCACCACCACUACGACGGUGGCUGCGCACUUGCUGGUGGGCGCCAACACUAUCAUGACGGAGCCAGUCUGGCUGUUCCACGACACCGUCUGGGCUGCUUCUGACGGUAUCCGGGCCCUUGCCAAGCAGGUCACGAUCCUACCGGAUGUGACGCUUACCAUCGAGGGAGAUGAAAAUUCUACAGCAGUCGUCUUGUCCUUUGUGCACGGCGACGCCGGCAUCCUGCUCUACGGCGGUGCGAAGCUGGUGGUGCGGCAUGCAGCCUUCUACACGCCCUUCCGGGGCUGGCAGAAUCUGGAUGGCGUGCCCACCUCGGAGAGGCCACCUUCCAUCACGGGGAUCAGGUUUGAAAGUGGAGGUGCGACUGUGGUGAUGGACAAUGUCAUCUGUGAGGGCCUGACAUACUGCCUGCGAGUGGACAGCAAUGUGGCCGUAACCAUCACGAACAGCUUGUUCAUGGACAACUACCAAGCCAUCCGGGCAGUUCGGCACACGGUGACGGUGCAGAAUUCCGUGUUCUUCCGGAACCACGAGGGGGCCUUCAUGGAUUACGGCAAGAUCGAAGACUCUUUGUUCCUGUUGAACAGCAUCGGCGGCUACAGUCAACGCGUGCAGUUCAGAAACUGCAUGUUCGCCCAGAACAGCAAGGGCAUGCGAGGUCGCUGGCCUGACUUCGAAAACGUGCUCUUCUUCGAGAAUGACAUCGGAUACAUGAGCAACGAUGAUGGGCAAUCUGUCUACUCCAAUGUCACCUUUCUGGACAAUCGUAUCAGCAUGCAGCUCCUGGACGUGGCCGACAUCCGUUGGACGAACUUCCUCGGGACGGUGGAGUAUCACCUCCACUACACGGCAAGUGCCCUCUACAACCUGGAUGCAGGGUCAAUCUUCUGGAAUACAACCUCCACUGAUGUGGUGUCAUCCAAGAUCUACGACGCCCUGGAUGGGAGCGGCAAGGGCCUUGUUCGCCUGCUUGCGGCCGAGUCCCUUCCCAUGAGACCUUUCCUGCAUGGCAUGUACUCGGACGGCGUAUGCGCAGGCCAAUGUGGGCAGAAGUGGUUCAACGCCAACUGGUCCAGCUUGAUAGGUGCGGGCGCAGGCACUUUCGGCUACUUCGACGCAGAUCGCGACCUGCGAAGCGGCCAGGCUCUGCAAGAGGCACUGCUGAACGGCUACCGCCCUGACAGCAACAUGGAUUUGAGCAUGUACGUGCUUGACAUCGCAGACAUGCUGGGUGCCGUAUGGGCCUAUCAGACACUGGGCAUCAGCACCACCACCACAAGCCGCAUCUCCACGUCGACGAGCCGCCUCCUGGAGAGCGGUGUGAACGUCACGGAGCCCGCGUUCUUGGAGGCGGAUGUCAACUGGACGGCAGGGCUCCACACCCUGGGCAGCACCGUCGCGGUGAUGCCCGGGGCCACCCUCACCAUUCAGGGCGACCCCGACUUCCCUGCAGCCCAGGGCUCAGUGCUGAAAUGCGCUGUCUGCGCAUGCUGA